AUGAUUUUAUUCGUUGGCUCGAGCGCGAAGGUGUGGCUUUUUCGCAGACGAAGAAGCGCGCCGAGGCGCGCGCGAGAGCGCGGAGCAGAGCUGGGUGAGCGGAAACGCGCGGACGACAUAUUUCGUCGCGCGUCCAGCGAUCUCACCGCCCCGCUGUCGAUGUUCGUUAUGGCGUCGUCGCUCGCGCGUCCGAUCAAGUCUGUGAAGGAGGUUCCGGACCUACACGUGCGGACGCCGCUCGUGCGAUCGAAUGCGCUGAGCGCGCUCGCCGAGCGGGACGUUUUGCUCAAGCUUGAAUCCGCGCAGCCGAGCGGGUCCUUCAAACUUCGGGGUAUCGGACGCACGUGCGCUCUGGCGGUGCAUCGCGACGGUGCGAAGUCGUUGGUGAGCUCGAGCGGGGGAAACGCUGGGUUGGCGACCGCGCACGCGGGACGCGAGCUCGGCGUCGGCGUCGAGGUUUUCGUCCCGGAGACGACGCCCGAGCGCGUGAGGGGUUUAUUACGAGCGUACGGUGCAGACGUCAUCGUUCGCGGGGCGCAGUGGAGCGAGGCGAACGAGGCGGCGGUAGAGCGCGCAACCUCCACGGGCGCGGCGCUCGUGCACCCGUUCGAGGGCGAGGACACGUGGGAUGGGCACUCCACGCUCGUCGAUGAGAUUGCGGAAGAUUUGGGCGGUACGUCGCCGGCGGCGAUCGUGACGUGCGUUGGUGGCGGUGGACUCCUCGCGGGAUGCCUGCGAGGGGUCGAAAGGGCGGGAUGGUUGGACGAGACGUUGGUGGUGGCCAUGGAAACCAUCGGUGCGGAUUCUCUCAACGCGUCCGUGCUCGCGGGGAAGCUCGCGACGCUCCCGGCGAUCACAAGCGUAGCGAAAUCGCUCGGUGCGGCGUCACCAUCGCCGACGGUGUUCGCGAGGUGCCUCGCUCUCGGACCGGGGCGCGUUCGAUCGGCGACGUGCACCGACGCGCAGGCGGUGUCCGCGUGCGUGCGCUUCGCCGACGAUCAUCGCAUCCUCGUCGAGCCCGCGUGCGGUGCCGCGCUCUCGGCCGUGUACACGCCAGAAUUAGGCAUCGUGAACGGCUUAGCCGAUGAUGAUAGACCCAUCGUCGUCGUCGUGUGCGGCGGCUCUGUCGUCGAUCGCGCAUCGCUCGACGCGCUCGCGGACGCGUAUCUGUAG